UCUCUACCUCCUUCCCUGCCUCCAUCUCUCUCUUCAUCUCUUCCCCUAUCCCUCCCUUCCUCCCUAUCCCCUCUCAGGUCCAAUAAAAAAGCCCCCCAGUCCCGCUUAAAGAGACACUCUUCUCCUUCUGCCUCCCUCUCCGGCUGCCCUUCCCCUUCCUCCUUCUCCGGCUGCCCUUCCUCUCUCUACCCCCAGACCAAAGCCAGACCCCCCCUUACCCCCCCACCUGUCCACCAACCACUACAACUUCCUGCUAGAUGGAGAGUAGGAGAAGAAGGCAGGAAGGGAGUGAGUGAUACGGGUUGGGGUCAUGGAGGGCUGAGAGGUCGUGGGGGGGUCAGGGUUAGGGACUCAUGGCCGAGCGGACGUCAGGAGCUUCAGAUGAGGAACCAAACAUCUGUCACCAUGGAGAUUCCACAACACUUUAGGACCGCAACUAAACCUCAACAACAGACCACUACUCAACCCCAACCUCAACUCCAGACCACUAUUCAACCCCAACCCCAGACCACUACUCAACCCCAGACCACUACUCAACCCCAACCCCAGACCACUACUCAACCCCAACCCCAGACCACUACUCAACCCCAACCCCAGACCACUACUCAACCCCAACGUCAACCCCAGACCACUGUUCAACCCCAACCUCAACCACAGACCACUACUCAACCCCAAUAUCAACAGCAGACCACUAUUCAACCCCAAUGUCAACCCCAGACCACUACUCAACCCCAACCGCAGACCACUAUUCAACCCCAGACCACUACUCAACCUGAACAUCAACCACAGACCACUACUAAACUCCAGACCACUACUCAACCCCAACCUCAACCGCAGACCACUACUCAACCCCAGACCAAUACUCAACCCCAACCUCAACCGCAGACCACUAUUCAACCCCAGACCACUACUCAACCCGAACAUCAACCGCAGACCACUACUCAACCCCAGACCAAUACUCAACCCCAGAUCACUACUCAACCCCAGACCACUACUCAACCCCAACAUCAACCGCAGACCACUACUAAACUCCAGACCACUACUCAACCCCAACCUCAACCGCAGACCACUACUCAACCCCAGACCAAUACUCAACCAAAACCUCAACAGCAGACUACUUCUAAGUCUCAACCUCAACCCCAGACCCAGACCACUACUCAACCCCAACCUCAACACCAGACCCUGGCCCCGCUCCCAUCCUGGCCGCUGUGUCUGAAGGGUACACCUUCUGUCCGGAACGCUGAGGCAGCCUUCCUGUCCCUGCUGCUCUUCUGCCACAGUGGCUCCAGUAGCAGUAAGAUUGCAAUUGACAACAAGAUUGAGCAAGCCAUGGACUUGGUGAAGAGCCACCUGAUGCUGGCUGUGAGAGAGGAGAUGGAGCUACUGAGGAAGCGGAUCAACCAGCUGUCAGAGAGGAACGCCCAGCUGGAGAGAGCGAACUACAUACUGAGAGCACUGAGAGACAGACAGAGACACUAACGCACACAUCCACGCACACACCCACGUACACACUCGCAUACACAGAGAGAAGCUAACAGUAUUAGUACAUGCCUUUCAUGUUCUAUUUAAAUGGGUGUUUUGAAUAAUCCUGUAAAAUGUGUAUUUAUAUUUAACCUUUAUGUACCCAGGCGAGUCAAGAACAAAUUCUUAUUUACAAUGACAGCAUGGCUAUGAUGAUGAUGGUGAUGAUGAUGUAGUCUCGUGUAAUGAUGAUGCUGUAGUCUAUAACGUUCCACUUAGCCUAUUCCAUGUCGUGUGCCAAUGGUAGUUAAUGAGUGGAAUGUUAGCUAAACGGAGACUGGUAACCAGGCUAAUGAAGAGGGGUUCUGAAAGAGAACGUGUGAAAUGUGCAUAUUCUGUAAUUCUGCAACAACAAAAAAUAUGAGUCAAAUAAAUAACUGUUACUAAAGAAGA